GGGGAUGAUAGGGGUCCGGGACGGUAAACCGACACUGCGCUGUGUGUGGUAUCCGAGCCCUGGCGCAGCGGCUGAUGGAAAAAGCCUGCUUCCACUCAUGUCAAAAUCAUUUAUCCAGAACAGCCCUUUACAAGAACUUGUAUACACUCGGAGACGGGCUUUUUUUUCUCGCCCACCCCCAUCACGCGCGCUCGACGAGAUGCGCGCGCGGGUCACCGCCUUACGGGCUCGCGCUCUUCGCUCUUAGGCGAGGAGAUGGACUCGUUCCCUCGACGGCCGAGCGCGCCAUUACACCGUGCCACUCACUAGAAGUGCUUUUCAGCUUCGACCUCCCGUCCUCCAGCGCCAGAACUCUCACCAAAGCACGCCAUUAAUUACUGGAGCCCUGACAGCCUUCGCCCCGGUGUUUGGCGUGUGGCGCUGUUGAUUGAAACGUCGGACUAGGCUUGAUAAAUGGCGUUAUUGCGUGUAUUUAGGCUGUCAGAGGGGAGGUGGGGAGUCUCUCUGCUCGGACUCUGCACAGCCUCCUGCCAGACCGAUAGCUGGAGGCAUGCCAGACAUGGAAAAGGGGUGGGUCUCCGCAGUUUGAGGAGAUUUCUUGGAGGAAUUUAGCGGGGAUCUAGGGGCAGAGAGAGAUUUACGAAUUGAUAGGUGGUCGCGUUUUGUUUGGCCGCACGUCUUUGCGCCAGAGGACUCUGGAGCAUUGAGUUUCCUUCUCUUAAAGGAUUAGUCUUCGCGAUGGCCACCAAGAGACUAAGGAGGGGUCGCUAUCCUGGCGACACACAGCUGGUGGCUUCAACCGGGAGCACAAUUGUGGCGCACUGACCUCGGACAGACGCUGGCUUUUAGCAGAGAUUUGCUCGGAGUACGCGCGGUUUCCUCCCGUAUUUUUAGCCCCAGACUCUUACUCCCUGAAGACCGAACCCGUCUUUUAACGUCCGUCCAGCUUCCUCCGCGAUGACGACCGAGAGCUCCCAGCAGCCGCUGGACACGCCGGCUCCCAUCAGGUCCAGCCCCGCGUCCAGCGCCAUGCACUCGGCGCUUCAGAGCACGCAGACGGCGCUGGAGAGCACGGCCGCCACCGGCAGCAAGGGCAAGAAGUCCAACUCGGGCAUGAGGCGCCCCGAAAAGCCCCCGUACUCGUACAUCGCCCUCAUAGUCAUGGCGAUACAGAGCUCUCCGACCAAAAGGUUAACGCUGAGCGAGAUCUAUCAGUUCCUCCAGGCGCGCUUCCCGUUUUUUCGGGGCUCCUACCAGGGCUGGAAAAACUCGGUCAGACACAAUUUGUCUCUUAACGAGUGCUUCAUCAAGCUCCCCAAAGGCCUCGGGCGGCCGGGGAAAGGCCACUACUGGACCAUCGACCCCGGCAGCGAGUUCAUGUUCGAGGAGGGCUCCUUCCGACGCAGGCCCCGGGGUUUCCGAAGGAAAUGCCAGGCGCUCAAACCCAUGUACCGCAUGAUGAACGGCAUCGGCUUCGGCGCCUCCAUGCUGCCCCAGAACUUCGACUUCCAGUCGCCCUCCGCGUCCCUGGCCUGCCACGCCAACGGCUACAACCUGGACAUGAUGAGCAACCCGGUGCCCGGCGUCCACGCGGGAUACGACAGCCUCGGCACGGGCCACCACGUCUCCCACAUGUCGCCCAGCUCGGGCUCCACGUACAUGACGGCGUGCCAGGUCGCUUCCAACGGCGAGUACGGCCCGGAAAACAGCAACAGCCCGCUGCACUCUCCCCCGAGCGGCAUGAGCGGCUCCCUGGAGUGCCACUCUCCGUACGGGGCCGCCUCGGCGCACUGGGCUUCUUCAGGCGUGUCUCCUUACAUUAAACAGCAGCCGCUGGCCUCCAGCAGCCCGAACUCCUCUGGACUACACUCGAGCAUGCCUCCUUACUCUCUGGAGCAGGGCUACCUGCAUCACAACGGCAGAGAAUCGGCGGACAUCUCAGCAGGAAUGUCUCGAUACCAGAGCCACUCAUCGCCGGUCUGCGACAGAAAAGACUUUGUGCUGAACUUCAACGGCAUCACGUCGUUUCACCCGUCCGGCAGCGGGUCCUACUACCACCACCAGCUCCAUCACCAAGGAGUCUGCCAAGACGUGAAGCCCUGCGUGAUGUAACCGAACUCUGAGCGGCCAAAAUAAAAAUAAUACACCCGAGAGUACGGAGCGAACUCUGAAGUCCCGAAGAACGCGUGAAACGAGCGGAAGUCGAUCUGAGAAACUACGAAGAAGAAGAAGAAGAAGAAGAAGAAGAAGAAGAAGAAGAAGUCGAGUGACCGCAGCAGAGGAAAGCGUUCGGGCUUCUGCUUCUUUUCUUGUUUUUGUUUUCUUUGGAAAGAUUAUGACGUAUAUUUACUAUCUGGGAAAAAAAAAAAAACCUCGAAAUGUCCGCGACGUUGUUUUAAUCCAAGCCGUUUAUCGAGUCCGCGAGCGUUUGGUUCGAGCGCGUUUCCAAAGAGAGAGAGAGGAUACUACGGGAAAGCGCUCAGAAGCCGAGGAUCAGGACACAGCCCGUGCAUGUCGAUCAAAGAAGUAUCUCGUUUGUCUAAACCUUCUGUGUGUGUGUUUCUGACGGCUCUUAUAUCUUCAGGGGUCAAUGGGGCCUACGAAAACCGUAUUAGAAUAAUAAUGAUUGCACUUUUGUUAGUUUAAAAAGUUGACAAAUUACAGUUAUGUACAGUACAAUAAAACUAUGUAUUCUCAAAAAAAAAA